AUGGACUCAAUAACACACAUUUUGAAGGCUUUGGAGACAGAAAAAUCCUCAAAUGACUGGACGCAGUUCACGGAUCUACCCAAGGUGGCUUUGGUACAAAUUCGAGGACAGCAGCACGUCCUGUUCCUGAAUACACCCAUUUUUAACAUUUCAGAUGAAGCCAUGGUCGUCUGGACUACCCCCCAGAACGCGCAGAUCGACGACGCCGUACGUCGCAUGAAGGCCUUGAUGCCUGACAGAGUAAUUUUUCUCAUUCACUCUUGGGGACGCGGAGCUAGGCAUGUUCAAGCAACCCGAAUUGCACAGACUACUCUCCUCAGCAUCAACCCAUUUUGCACCAAACAGCAGCUCGUGGCCAUGGCGAACAAGCAAGCCCAGGCCGUCUUCCAAGAUCGCAGCCCAGCGGCAGAUCCGUUUUCACUUUCAUCUCAGCUCAGAAGAAAGAAUGUGUUAGAAGGGUUCUUGUGA